UAUUGUCUGAAGUGUACCUUUUAACUUUAAGCCCACCUUUGCUCUUAGCCUAAUGGCCCAAGCCCACCACUUACCGGCUUGCCAAAAGCGAACCGAACUACUAAGCUAAGCCAACCCAAACCAAGAGCAAGCCGCCAACGUUAUCUCUUUCUCCCGUCCACGAGAUCCAAGCCCUAAUCUCCAACGCACUCCAAUCACCACCGCGGCACUUGGUUCCAAACGUCGGCGAUGACCGGCGAUCAGAGAAUGCCAACAUGGGAGGAUCGGAUCGAAACCCUAAGCCACAUCCUCACCCACCCAACGAAAACCCCCUCACUCCACUCACAGCUCUUCGUCGCCGCCCGAUUCCCCUGCUUCCUCCGCUGGGACUAUCCUCCCUUCCUCUGCGAAUCUGGAGCAUCGUUUAUCCUCCGGUGGUCCGCCGCCCUUUUCUUCCGUCGGGUAACUGGCCUCGAACGACCAACGGCGUCGUGGCGGAGCAAGUGCCCGUUCCAGCACCCGCCGCCAAUGUUGCUCUCCUGCGCGGAGGAACCGGCGCCGGAUAGGUGGACGCCGGAGGUGCUGCGAGAGCGGGUUCGGCGGCGAUUCCGGCGAGGGCGGUUGGGGUUGAGAGUGCCGACGCUGCUGGUUGUCGCUGUUCCUAAUCUUGUGCUCUUGCUAUUGCUGUUUCGCGAUCCCAACUGGACUCAGUACCGAGAGAAAUGGUCAUGAAGACGAAUAAAAGUUGAGUUAGGAUGAAUUUUGAAUUUUCUUAGUUGCUUGUCAAUCAACUUUUAUACGGCAGAUGCAUUUGAGUUUCACAAUUAGUAUCUCAUUAUCUCCUCAUUGUCGCAAGCCCUCACCCCUCAUAAUCUCACCUUCCUCAAUCUGGUUGUCUUAGAACUCAUGUCAUCAAUCCCGACCACACGCGAUAUUGUCUUCCUUGUACAACCCAAACCUCAUCAUCCCAAACUCCAUAGAUUGCAUUGACUUGGACCCCGAGCUCAUUUGUGCCAGUGUGCCACUUCAUCUUCCUCGCUAGAUGCGUCGCCAUCCCAUCCAUGAUGGCUACAUUUUCUUCGGACCGUUGUCCCUCAUGUUACUUUAUGCAGAAUAAUGUAUUUCAUUUACCGUCAAUCAAACAUAAAAAUAUAUAUAUAAUUUUGCGAAA